AUGGAAUCAGAGAUUUCCGCUGUCCUUCCCUCCAUUGACCCGACCAUCACUGACUACUCUGUUGGAUUUCUCACCCAUGCCUCUACGUCCACCUCUCCCGAGGCGGAUAUCGAAUUCGCUGAAGCCAUUAGUGCCGUAACCUCCAUACUUCUUGACGCGGCGCCACCAUCCGUUUCCGAGGAUUCUAUCACGGCCCUAAUAGAUAAGCUCGUCGCUCAGCUCAAUGCUGCCCACGGCGAGAAUCGAAAAGCCUUUUCUGGCCGGGCCAAAAAGCUCGAUCAAACAAUCCACAUGGCCUCCCAGAAGAACAUCUCCUCUACAAUGGGUUUAGUAGGUGGCUCCGUCGAUAUCGACGCAGUGGGGACGAGAAAAGUUGAGAGUAAGGUGGACAAGAAGAAGCUCGAGAAGGCGGAGCGGAAGAUCAAGGCGAAGCAGGAUAAGAAAGUGAUGAAGAACGUGACUUAUGAGGCAUCAAAAUUAAUUGCUACCGAUGAGCAACAGUCUUACGACGACUUCUACAUGGCCGUCAAUCCACUUCAGCUCGGGCAGAGUUCGCAGGGCAAGAGCAAGGACAUCAAGAUUGACAAUGUGGACGUCCAGAUCGGUGGGAAGAGGAUUUUGUCGGAUACUACACUUACAUUGGCCUAUGGGAGGCGAUAUGGUCUUGUUGGGCAGAACGGUAUUGGUAAAUCUACGUUGCUUAGAGCGCUGUCGAGGCGUGAAGUGGCUAUCCCUACACAUAUUACCAUUUUACACGUAGAGCAAGAGGUUAGUUUGUAUCAAAAGAUAUUGCUCAAGGGUUUGGUGUGUUAACUUUUCCUUCCCCGAAAGAUCAUGGGUGAUGACACUCCGGCACUUCAAGCCGUGCUCGACGCCGACGUGUGGCGAAAACAUCUCCUUGCAGAGCAAGACCGUAUCACAAGUGAACUUAAGAUGCUCGAGAGCAAGCCCGACCCGAUCACCAUCACCGCAAGCCAGGGAUUCCCGAACGAAGAGCGCGACGAACUGGACUCUCUUCUGUCGGAAGUCCACGCCAAACUCGCCGAGAUUGAAUCUGACAAGGCGGAGCCCAGGGCGGCAUCCAUUUUAGCAGGGUUAGGGUUUUCGGCGGAACGACAGCAGGACCCUACCAGAACCUUCUCCGGAGGUUGGAGGAUGAGGUUGGCAUUGGCCCGUGCCCUCUUCUGUAAGCCGGAUCUUCUGCUUCUGGAUGAGCCGUCGAACAUGUUGGACGUUCCGUCGAUCACCUUCUUGUCCGAAUAUCUGCAGGAUUAUGCCUCCACAAUCCUGGUCGUGUCUCACGACAGGGCCUUCCUGAAUGAGGUUGCGACUGACAUCAUCCAUCAGCACUCUGAGCGUCUUGAUUACUACAAGGGUGGCAACUUUGACUCGUUCUAUGCUACCAAGGAGGAGCGACGAAAGACUGCUAAGAGGGAGUAUGAGAACCAGAUGGCGUACAGGAGGCAUCUGCAGUCCUUUAUCGACAAGUUCCGAUAUAAUGCGGCCAAGAGCAGUGAAGCCCAGAGUAGGAUUAAGAAAUUGGAAAAGCUGCCGGUUUUGGAGCCCCCCGAGGAUGAGUAUAGCGUUGUGUUCAAGUUCCCGGACGUGGAGAAGUUGAGUCCCCCCAUCAUCCAGAUGCAGAAUGUAUCGUUUUCGUAUACACCUGGGAAGCCUAUUGUCGAGAAGGUGGAUCUGGAUGUUCAGUUAGAUUCGCGAAUUGGUAUUGUGGGGCCUAAUGUGGGUGCUGGGAGAUCGAUCUGCAGUGGUGGAGCUGUAUGGUGCUGACAUAAAUGUAGGGUGCUGGUAAAACUACCGUUUUGAAACUGCUCAUUGGGCAGCUUGUCCCAUCAAGCGGGCUGUAGGGCAACUAUUCACCCUAAAUUUGCACAGGAAAAAGAAUGGCCUAACGAUACCCCUAGCAUCACCCAGAACCCCCGUCUCCGAAUCGGCUUCUUCGCCCAGCACCACGUCGAUGCCCUCGACCUGAACACCAGCGCGGUAGCCUUCUGCGCAAAGUUGUUCCCGGGAAAAACUGACGAAGAGUACCGCCGCCACCUCGGCGCCUUCGGCAUAACCGGGACAACAGGCCUCCAAAAGAUGGGCCUCCUCUCCGGAGGUCAAAAGUCCCGUGUGGCAUUCGCCUGCCUCUCUCUGACAAACCCGCACAUCCUCGUCCUCGACGAGCCCUCCAACCACUUGGACGUGGAAGCCAUGGACGCGCUCUCCGAUGCGCUGGGAAAUUUCCACGGAGGCGUGCUCAUGGUCUCGCACGAUGUCACGAUGCUCGCUAACGUGUGCACGCACUUGUGGGUGUGCGACAAUGGGAGCGUGGAGAGCUUUCCGGGGGAUAUCAAGGCUUAUAAGAAGAGGAUCAUUGAACAGGCUAAUGCUGCGGGGGUGGUUAAGCAUCAUUAAGUUACUGGGGGUGGUGGAUUGCAGGCAGUCUAGAGGGCCGAGGUGCCCAUCACAAUCUUGUACGAGUACGGUACUUGAUCUCACACAAUGACGCAUGGGGAGCCUUAUGAAGAAGCCGUGUAGUUCUCACACCAUAGCGUAAUCCCAUCCAGUCUUUGUCCCACCCGUAGGAAAUACCAGAAUCUCAAUAAUAUUUUAUCUUCAUUCCCUC